AUGGGGCGCGGGAAGAUCGAGAUCAAGAGGAUCGAGAACCAGAGCAACCGCCAGGUGACCUUCUCCAAGCGCAAGAACGGGAUCCUCAAGAAGGCCAAGGAGAUCAGCGUGCUCUGCGACGCCGAGGUCGGCGUCGUCGUCUUCUCCAGCGCCGGCAAGCUCUACGACUUCUGCUCCCCCAAGACCUCGUGCGUGCCGUGUCUGCUAUCAAGAAUCUUGGAGAAGUACCAGACCAACUCCGGGAAGAUACUGUGGGAUGAGAAACACAAGAGCCUCAGUGCGGAGAUUGAUCGAAUCAAGAAAGAGAAUGAUAACAUGCAGAUCGAGCUCAGACACUUGAAAGGCGAAGAUCUGAACUCGCUGCAGCCCAAAGAGCUGAUCAUGAUUGAGGAAGCACUUGAUAAUGGGCUGACAAGUCUGCAUGAGAAACAGAUGGAGCAUUAUGACAGGCUCAUGAAACAUGGUAAGAUGCUGGAAGAUGAGAACAAGCUGCUGGCCUUUAAAGUGCACCAGCAUGAUAUCGCCUUGAGCGGGAGCAUGAGGGAUCUUGAGCUUGGGUACCAUCCAGACAGGGACUUUGCAGCCCAGAUGCCGAUCACCUUCCGCGUGCAGCCUAGCCACCCCAAUCUGCAGGAGGACAGCUAG